AUGGCCUCGAAGCUGGGCGGGCCCGAUCCCACCAUGAACUCCAGACUGGCUCAUGCGAUCGCCGUGGCGAAGAAAGGCCAGCUCUCGAAGACUGCCAUCGAACAUGCCAUCGCAAAAGGACAGGGAAUAUCUCCGAGCGGCCAAGCUCUUGACAAUGUGACCAUCGAGGCCAUGCUCCCUCACGGCGUCGCUGCCAUGAUCGAGUGCCAGACAGACAACAAGGCGAGGACUUUGACUAGUAUCCGGAAUAUCAUCACCAAAGCCGGCGGCACAGUAACCCCCACGGCAUUUAUGUUCGAGAAGAAGGGCCGCAUUUCGUUUGAAGAGCAGGAAAAGAUCGGUGUUGAAGACGCCCUGGAAGAUGCGAUCGAGGCGGGAGCCCUUGACAUUGCAGCGGAAGAGAACAGAUUGGUUGUCGAGACAGAACCGGCCGAUGUCAUGGCUGUUGCUCAGAAGCUCCAAAGCAAGCUGGGAAUCCAAGUGGAAAAGGCAGAGGUGGUCUACAUGCCGAACGAGGAUUCAAGGGUUUCGCUAUCCACACAGCAGGAGGAAGAGGUGCAGGCUAUUCUAGACUCGUUAGAGGAAGACCCAAGUCUUCAGAAUCUGUAUAUUAAUGCUGAGCCUGCGUGA